AUUGAAGAAACAUUCAGUCUGAAGCAUGAAGAUACUGAGGAAAAAACAAAGAUGGAGUUUAUUAAAGAGGAGAGUGAAAACAUGAAAAUUGAAGAAACAUUCAGUCUCAAUCAUGAAUUUACUAAGGAACAAACAGUCUAUGGGACAGUCUCAAGCCUCCAGGUUUUCAUCCAAAAUAUCUUAAAAUGUGCUCCGAAGACGAAUGGAGCUUUUACGGGUUUGGAACGACAUGGUAAGUGAUUGAUGACAAUUUUCAUUUUGGGGUGGAGUAUCCCUUUAAUAGCUUAGUGUGUAUAAGAUCUACAUUUUGUUGGUUUUGAUGUUUGUUCUUUGUGCCAUUAAAAUGGUGUUAAUCUGGAUUUGUCUUUUUUUGCAUUAGACCUGAUGACACUGAAAGACGAGAGUCAAGAACUCAAUGAAAAAGAAGAUAAUGUUCAGCAUCAGAAAUGUAAUUUCAUGACUGGAGAAAAAUCAUUUAGCUGCUCACACACUGAAAAGACGUCACAAAAUAGAGCUUUCACCUGCCAACAAUGCGGAAAAAGAUUCACCAGAAAAGGAAAUCUUGAAGUCCACAUGAGAGUUCACGCUGGAGAAAAGCCUUUCACCUGCCAACAUUGUGGAAAGAGGUUCAGUGAUAAAAUAAACCUUAAAAACCACAUGAGAAUUCAUAAAGUAGAGAAACCUUACACAUGCUCUACAUGUGGGAAAAGUUUUAAACGUAAACACUGCCUUGAUGACCACAAGAUAAUUCAUACUGGAGAGAAACCUUUCACCUGCCAACAAUGUGGAAAGAGUUACACUCACAAAAGAAACCUUCUUGACCACGUAAGAACUCAUACUGGAGAGAAGCCUUACACAUGCUCUCAAUGUGGAAAAAGUUUUCUAUAUAAACACAGCCUCGAUAAUCACAAGAGAAUUCAUACUGGAGAGAAACCUUUCACCUGCCAACAAUGUGGAAAGAGUUACACUCACAAAAGAAACCUUCUUGACCACGUGAGAACUCAUACUGGAGAGAAGCCUUACACAUGCUCUCAAUGUGGAAAAAGUUUUAAUCUUAAACAACACCUUGAUGACCACAAGAGAAUUCAUACUGGAGAGAAACCUUUCACCUGCCAACAGUGUGCAAAGAGUUACACUCACAAAAGGAACCUUCUCGACCACGUGAGAACUCAUACUGGAGUGAAGCCUUUCUCCUGCAAACUGUGUGGAAAGAGCUUCAUUCGAAAACCAAACCUUAAAUACCACAUGAGAAUUCACACUGGAGAGAAACCUUACACAUGCCAACAAUGUGGAAAGAAUUUUACACAAAAACAAACCCUUGUUAACCACAUGAAAAUUCACACUGGAGAUAAACCUUUUACCUGCCAACAAUGUGGAAAGGGUUUCAUUCAAAAAGGAAACCUUACCAAACACAUGAAGGUUCAUGCUGGAGAGAAGCCAUGAGUUUCGAAAAUAAAGUAGCUUUUUAAAGAACA